GCACGCGGAGGUCCCUUCCCUACGCUUCCCGCUAGCCGCCGCAGCUUCUGGUCGACUUUACGUCAACAAUUUGGGGUUUAACCCGAAUUUAGAGUCGCCGAUCCGGACUCAGAACCGACAGGAGCCAUGGCCGCCGUUGCCGCGCCGGGUAGAAAGCGUCUCCUGAAGGAGGAGGACAUGACGAAGGUGGAGUUCGAGACCAGCGAGGAGGUGGACGUCACCCCGACCUUCGACACAAUGGGCCUGAGAGAGGACUUGCUCCGCGGGAUUUACGCCUACGGCUUUGAGAAGCCAUCAGCCAUUCAGCAGAGAGCCAUUAAGCAGAUAAUCAAGGGCAGAGACGUCAUCGCACAGUCUCAGUCUGGUACAGGAAAAACAGCCACGUUCUGCGUUUCAGUGCUGCAGUGUUUGGAUAUUCAGGUGAGAGAGACUCAGGCGCUGAUCUUGGCCCCAACCAGAGAGCUGGCUGGGCAGAUCCAGAAGGUCCUCCUGGCUCUGGGGGAUUAUAUGAAUGUUCAGUGCCAUGCCUGCAUUGGUGGGACCAGUGUGGGUGAGGACAUCAGGAAGUUGGACUACGGUCAACACGUGGUGGCAGGAACCCCCGGCAGAGUGUUUGAUAUGAUCCGCAGGAGGAGUCUGAGGACACGUGCCAUUAAGAUGCUGGUCCUGGAUGAGGCUGAUGAGAUGUUGAAUAAAGGCUUUAAGGAACAGAUCUACGAUGUGUACCGCUACCUGCCCCCUGCCACCCAGGUGUGUCUGAUUAGCGCCACGCUACCCCAUGAGAUCCUGGAGAUGACCAACAAGUUCAUGACUGACCCCAUUCGCAUCCUGGUCAAACGUGAUGAGUUGACCCUGGAAGGGAUAAAGCAGUUCUUCGUGGCGGUGGAGAGAGAGGAGUGGAAAUUUGACACUUUGUGUGACCUUUAUGACACUCUGACCAUCACCCAGGCUGUCAUCUUCUGUAACACCAAAAGAAAGGUGGACUGGCUGACAGAGAAGAUGAGGGAGGCUAACUUCACAGUGUCCUCCAUGCAUGGAGACAUGCCUCAGAAGGAGAGGGAGUCCAUCAUGAAGGAGUUUCGCUCUGGAGCCAGUCGGGUGCUGAUCUCCACAGACGUGUGGGCCAGAGGUCUGGAUGUUCCUCAGGUCUCCCUGAUCAUAAACUACGACCUUCCCAACAACAGAGAGCUGUACAUCCACAGGAUUGGUCGAUCGGGUCGGUAUGGUCGUAAAGGUGUAGCCAUCAACUUUGUGAAGAAUGACGACAUCCGAAUCCUGCGGGACAUUGAGCAGUACUACUCCACCCAGAUCGAUGAGAUGCCCAUGAACGUGGCCGACCUGAUCUGAAGAGGUGUGAAGCGAUGCAAGCUGUUGGACUUCCUCUUCUUUUGUGAUUUUUUUCUGUGAUUUCUUCUUCUUCUUUUUUUUAAAGUGGUAGUUUUAGAAGUGUCGGAGUUUGUCUGGACUGUUGUUUGCAGACCCAGAGCUCUUUUGUAAAUAAAGGCCGUUUGGUUCCCCA